AUUCUCAAAGUCCUCAAAUCCAAUCUCUCCUUCCCAACCUUUUCACUUUCUUUUAUUCAUCAACACGAACGAAACAUAUAGUUUGGUUGGCUUCCUGCCAUUUUCUUCUCUCUUUCUUCACCAUUGUCAAUUGAUAAUGGACCAAAACAACCGACAUCAUCAUCCAUCUCACUUUGACACUGACAGAAUCAUUAACAGACCAACAUCAGUGGACUUUGAAACUCCGUCCAGACUCCAUGGCUGUCAAUCAUGGAAUACAGAAGCCGUUGAUGUUAAAAACAAAAGAAGGCUGCUAAUUGAUCAACUAAGUUUACCCACAUCAAAGCUACCACGUUGGGGUCCAAGAUCAAUUAGCAUUCCCCAUGGAGAAGAUAACUUCAAGUUUAACGACCAACCUCAAGAAGAAGAACAAGAAGAAGGAGAAGGAGAAGGAGGAGAAGGAGAAGGAGAAGAAAGCACUCUUACAAAAAUAGCAAUAGACAAAAGUAAAGAGAUGUCCGAAGAGCAAGUUCGAAUGCAGGGUGGGAAAGAUAAAUUGCAGAAAAGCUAUGGCCAUGAGGAAGAUCUAUUGGAGUUUGGAAGCCGUGAAUAUGGCUGCAUUUAUGAGGAAUGUUGCAGUGGCAGUGCUCAAAACUUGCUCCUCCCCACAGACUCCAAGCAAAACUUCGUUUUGUCAUCUGGGAGAUGGAGCGUAGAUACAGAGACAGAAUCCAAGCCUAUCAAACCAACCAUUGAUCAAGAGUUUGAGCAGUACUUUUCUGUGCUUUUGCCAUCCUUGGAUCCCUGAUGUUGAACAUCUUGAAUCCGAUCUGUAUCUACUCUCGAGAAAUUUAAAUGUGUGCAUGUAUGUGUUCUUAGAGAUGAAACAGUUCUUGCAAGUAUGCGACAAUUCAAUCCAAGAGAUGUCUGUGAAUGUGAAAUGAAGUGAUUGAGAUUCUACCGAACCAGUCCACGAAAUUCAACUGAUUUAAAUCCAAUUAUUCCGUCCAACGUUUCCAAAGUAAUUCAUUCAAAAUACAUGUAUUGAAAUUCUGCCUACACCAAAUCAAGUAAUAAAUCUAUGCCCUCGGAAGAACAAGAAACCUCCAAAUUUCACGAACAGAGGAUCCAGAGUGACGAAACUGAUGAACGAAUCGAUCAAACAGUUAAAAUUCCGACUAUGAUGUUGUAAAUUUGGCGAAUCGAAUACCGUGAUGCAGCUAAGUACAAGCUUCCCAUCGUGAUGAAGGCGGCAUGGAAAACAGAGUAUCGAGAUCGGGAGGCUGGAAAUAACCCCUUGUCGGAGGGGCCAGCUUCCGGCCGGUAAACGAUUUCUUCUUGGGCGGUGGAGGGCAUUUGAAAACCUUCGGAAUUCUACAUGCACAGCUCUUUGGAGUUAGACACUCAUCACCGUUCUUGUCGGUCUUCUCCAUUUCCGGUGGCGACAUUUCGAAGGAGAUGAGAACCGCGAAACUACAACGUAAUGUAUUUUGGAGGCUUAUACGUUAAAAAAUAAAUAGAUAAAUACUAAUAAUGAGUUUGAAAUUUAAGAAUUUUGAA